GUUUCGGCCUACUUGGUCCUGUGCAAUGUAUCUCACUGUUUUGUGCACACACAAGAGUGACUCAUACGAUUAGACCCCAAUUGUAAGCGCGCUUCCGCUCGCCAAAAAUGCCAUGCAUUCGCCUACUAGUAUCGGAUCGGACGACACAUGCAAGCUUUGUGGUACCACUUCCGCUGAGACCGCUUCUCCCCAGUGUCCCGCCCUCUCGUCAGUGCGCAGUCUCAUCCCCUCUGACUCUCAACUGUUCGUGGACUACGUUCUCGGCACCGUCCCGCCUCGACCAACUGUCAGCUGCUGCAUCUUCAUUGCCCACUCAAUAGGCUACUCUCCUUUAGUGGAGGUUACAAAGAAGAAGAAGAAGAAGAAGAUUAGAGCGCAUGUGGGUUUGCGAGUAUAUACUGAAGUGUCUCUAGCUUUAUAGGUGAAAGCAGCACAGAAGAAGUUGCUACGAGAGGAGUCAGUUCUAUGGUUGAUGUACUUAGUGAAGGAGAUGGUGUCCUGGUCACAGAACACCAGAGAGAGAGCAUUCCCUGAUGGGACACUGACAGCAGCUGUGAGAAAAAAAAACAGCAAACUGCACUGAAUCUGGCAGUAGUUGACCUAAUAAACUGGUGAUACUGGUGUGAGAGAUCAUCCAUUCUUUGAGGAAGUGGACUGGCAGAAUCUGCUGAGAGAGAAGGCAGAGUUCUUCAUUCCCCAGCUCAAGGGAGAGGAGGACACCUCUUACUUUGACA